AUGUGUGAAGCGGGUGAGUGGAAAGGAGUUGUUAAUUUGUUCCUAGUGAACUCAGUAGAUCAUCCUGAGGAAGAGCAGGAGGCUAUAUUGAGAUUCAAACCAGGAAGUGGUCACCUAGAGCUAAGGCAAGUGUUUGACACAGUUGAAGAUUUCAAAGAUGCAUUAGUUGAGUAUGCUUUGAAGGGAGGGUGGUAUAUUAAGGUGAAUAAAUGGGGGAAAAUUAAAUCAGGGGCUGUGUGUGGAACUAAAGACAAGUGCCCAUGGAGAAUCUAUCGCUCUUAUGAAGAGAGAUAUGGGAAGUGGAUGGUGAUGACAUAUGAAGAUGAACACAAAUGCCAAAAGGACGGGUAUAGUAAGAUACUAAAAUGGUAA